CCUCAUUAGCUGGCUGGACGCUGCCGUGAGGGCUGGCGGAGUCUGAUGCAGCACGCCCAGCAACCAGCCAUUUUCCACACGUCACAACAUCUCGCGACUCCCCAAGAACCCUAUAACCCAAGAACGUCGUCCUCCCCUCCGUCCUCAUCGCCAUGGCCCACACUCGAGCCCAAGCAGCCGCGCAGAGAGGGCUCACAUCGCCGGCGUCAAAAGGCCAAGAAACACGACCGCAGAGCAUCCAGUCGCGCAAUGGCGCAACCAAGCGUGCCGAGCCCAAUUGUAUACGUCCGUCUACGAUCAGUGAGACGUCGUCUCGACAGAGCAGAGGUCGCAAGCAACCGAUCGAAAUCGCAGUCGAGCCCCGUACGGACAGACAACGCCGCGGACCGAAGCGACAACGGACAUCCCCCACACGCCCUGCAGGGAACACAGUGGGCGAGCUCCUUUCAAGGAAGCGUGGGAUUGACGGGCCUGCGGAGAGCAAUCUGCCUCGAGCGAAACGGGUCCGGACAGCGAAGGCGUUGGAGCACGUGUCACAAGAGCGAGCCAUAUCGGAUCACGCCGACUUCCACUCAUCUAGAGAGAAUCUAGCAGCAUCCGCUGAAGGCGAAGGCGAGAAGCAGUUGCAUGCAGUUCAAGAUUCACUCGAUCACACUCCAGACGGGUCCCUUUCGAAACGCCGACGAACAACCCUGUCUAACCAAGAGGCGGGUGGUGACACCGAGAAUUGGCGAAACAUAAUCGAUUUCUGGAGAAGAGAAGGGUCCUGGCCUGAGAAAUAUUUUGAACCGGACGACUCGACUAGGAAGGAUUUCGAGCGAGAGUCUGAAGAUAGCUGGCUUAAGGAAAUGGAACGGUACGACCCGACCGUCAAACUACUUUUCGCGAAGAAGAAGACCCCGACAUCUCUCAACCGCAAGCGGUCUGGAUCAGACAGUUCCACAACGCCAAGCCAGGAUACGAUAUCUGCAAGUUAUACAACGCCCAGCGAUCAGAGGCCGAGGGAGGAGAAGAAUGCGCCGUAUCGAGACCCGCGGUACCCGCUCCUGCUCCAGACCAAGGGCUUGUACAUGGGUGUCUCUGAACUUGGCAUUACGGAUACGAGCAAGCAGCUUAUCCGAGACCUCCUCAGCGGUGAACAGUCGGUUCCCAAGGAGACGCUCUUCGACGACGAUAUCUUUGUGGAAGCUUGUUACAACCUCGAGACCAAAAACGAGGCGAGGAUUAUUCAGGACAUCUCUAGACUUAUCGUUCCUUCGGCGGAAUCGCUCGCACUCCGCGACAAAAAGUACAGACACCUGAUCGAGAGUGUCAACGAGGGGUGGAACAACUCGAUACCUCUCACCACCCCUCGUCCCCAGCCUGACUACUCUGUUGGGUUCAGGCGAGAUGCGUUCACCGAGGAUUAGCUCGCCAAGCUGUCGCCAUUCAUUGGCGACUUCAUCGCCGGAGACCAGUCCUUCUUCAUGGCCACGUACUACAUGUACUUCCCCUUCCUAACCUGCGAGUGCAGCGCCGCGGCGCUCGACAUCGCAGACCGGCAGAACGCCCACAGCAUGACACUUGCGGUGCGGGCCAUCGUCGAGCUCUUCCGUGCUGUAAAGCGCGAAGAUGAGGUCAACCGGAAGAUCCUCGCCUUCUCCGUCUCGUACGACCACCGGUCAGUACGGAUCUACGGCCACUACCCGUUAAUAACCGGGAAAGAUACGAAGUACUACCGGCACCCAAUUCGUACUUUUGACUUUAUACAGUUGGACGGCAAAGAUAAGUGGACGGCAUAUCGAUUUACGAAGAACGUCUACGACAUAUGGAUGCCCAAGCAUUUCAAGAACAUCUGCUCUGCCAUCGAUCAGUUGCCGUCGGAUUUGGAUUUUGAUGUCCCACCGCUUGUUGAGGCGACCGGACUUUCCCAGGAUUUAGAGAACUUGAUGUCGGAGGCCGGCUCCGCUUUAGAGCCCGUCGAACGGGACAGCCAGUCAAGUAAUGCUAGUCUGUAAGGCGUUACUCCGGACACCUCAUUCACAGUGCCGGGGAAGAGGAGGAAGGGCUAAGUCAAGUAGGAGUUGUUGACAAGACCGCCCGAGGAUUCGGUCUCUCCUCAGCAGACGCGUCCGUCCUGCAGCGACACCCUAUCGCAAG